AUGUCUCCGAAAGACAAAUCCGAGGGGUUGUCGAGCUCCUCGCAUGCCAAUCAACGGACCCCCCACGACCUGAAUUGUCUCACAAUCGCUGAACUCGAGGCUCUCGCCCACGAACGCAUGGACAAGCAAACACGAGACUACUACAACGAAGGGGCCGAUGCCGGCACUACCCUCAGCGAGAACAUAUCCGCCUACUCGAAAUACCGGAUCCGGCCACGAGUUCUCCGCGACAUAUCCCAAAUAGACACGACCGUCGAUGUCUUUGGCCAUACCAACAGCGCUCCCUUCGGAGUGGCCCCGACGGCCAUGCAACGACUCGCACACUCGGACGGCGAGCUCGCCACGGCCCGCGCCUGCAAAUCCAAAGGGAUCGUCAUGGGUCUGUCGUCGUUCAGCACGAGUACGCUCGAAGACGUGGCCGAAGCGAGCGAGGACAACCCAAACGUGCUCCAGCUCUACCUCUUCGAAGAGCGCGCCCACUCGAUCAGGCUCAUCGACCGCGCAAAGAAGGCAGGCUACAAGGCCGUCCUGCUCACCGUCGACACGCCCAUGCUCGGUCGGCGCAACCUCGAAAUCCGCAACCAAUUCAAGCUACCCGCACACCUGUCCAUUGCCAACUUCGCCGAACAGGACAGCGACGAGGACGACGCUGCAUCCGGAUCGACGUCGUCAGCACCGACAACCACAGACGCGAGUUCGGCUUCGUCGUCUCUCUCGACGGACAAUACCAACGCACCGAACAACAAGACCAUCACCAAUGAUCAUUCUUCACGCAGCACACGAUCAUCAUCGACUCGUCCGAAUCAACCCAAUCAGCACGCCAACACAUCCUCUAAACGAGAUGCGAAAUCAAAGUCGGCAUCGUCAACACCAAAACCAAAACCGGCACCCAAACCAAGACAGAGCGUAGCAGGCUACCACGACGGCCACAGACGCCGUCCGCCAACGGGGCCCAUAACGUUCCACACGCACGCGGCCAACCCGACGCUGUCCUGGGAAGAGGCGAUCCCGUGGCUCAAGUCCCGCGUGGGACCGAUGCAAGUGUGGGUCAAGGGGGUCGCGACGGCCGAGGACGCCAUCCUGGCCGUCCACCACGGCGUCGACGGCAUCGUCGUCUCCAACCACGGCGGCCGCCAGCUCAACGGCGCCCUCGCGACGCUCGACGCCCUCCCCGAGGUCGCGGCCGCCGUCAACGGCAAAGUCCCCGUGCACGUCGACGGCGGCAUCCGCCACGGCACCGACGUCUUCAAGGCCCUCGCGCUCGGCGCGGACUUCUGCUGGAUCGGCCGCCCCGUGCUCUGGGGUCUGGCGUACAAGGGCCAGGAGGGCGUCGAGCUGUGUCUCCGCCUCCUGAUGGACGAGUUCAGGCUGUGCAUGGGCCUCGCUGGCGUCACCGCCGUCAAGGAUAUAACGAGGGAGUACCUGUGCAGGGUUGAUCGGGAUGGGUUCGUGAGUAAACUUUGA